GUGAGCCGCGCGUAUUAGUAAGCUUCGAGCCGGCGCACCGAGCAGACGUGAUCGUGCGCGAUAUCGACCGAGCGCCGGUGAACCCGAGUGUAGCUGCAGCGAUCAUACGACACCACUCACUGACAUGGAAGUUGCAGGUCAAUGGCGGCGGGAGUGGGCUGGAACUGCCGAAUAUGGAAAGGUGACAGAAGGUGGCGUGACACGGAGAAUAGCUCGAGCAAUGGAGGUCCUGCAGGCGAACGGACCGGGCGCCCACGUUCGUGUCAUGCGCGCCGCCUACCACUCCUCCGCGGGGCCAGGCGUGCCAGCCUCCUCCUACAUGCUUCACUCCUCUCGGAGGGUACUAUCUUCCGAUUUUAACUUCUUAGAUUCACCAUCAUUUCCUACAAUGCCUACUAAACCUUUAGAGAUAUCAUCGACGCCACUAGAAAUGUCAGCCGAUCCAAACAUAGAAACUGAAAAUUAUAAAGUUACAGAACCUGAUGAUUCAGAAAUAUCAGAACCUUCAAAGUGGAAAGCAGCAGCUAGCGGAAGCUCAAUACGGUUACCAAGUGAAGAAUCUUCAUCAGCAGACAAUGCCAGUAUAAUAGAUCUUGAUUUUCAAUCGUCACAAAAAAAUAUUAACAGAAAAUACUCUUAUGACUCAGAGAGCAGUGAUAUUCAAUACAACAAAAGAAGUAGUUGCCGAGCAUCGCCGCUGUUAGAUCCUCCAGUAACAUUAAGUACUCUCAAAUAUAAAUCUCUUUUAAAUGGGAGUAAUGACUGGAAUAAUAGAAGAAAGAGUUACAGUUUUGAAGACACUUGUCCACUAAAUGAAACAAUCUUGCAUGAAAAUGAUACGUUAGCAAUGGAAUCUUCGACAGAUAGCGGUAUUUGUAAAUCAUCGGAAAGAGUUAACGACCACGCAGAUGACAUCAAUGCUUAUUCCACGUAUAUGGAAAGGAAAGAUAAAAAACAAAAUAAUCACGAUGAAACUUUUAAAGAUUGGCUUUCCAAAAAUAGACCAAGUAUGUUUUAUAAAGGUACACAAUUAAAACCAUGCAAAGAAAACGACAUUGUGAUGGAUAAUAAUGUGGAAAACAAUAUUAUAUUACAAUCCUCUGGAAAGGUAUCAAUAACAGUACCUAUAACUAUUGAAGGAGAAGAUAAUAAAAAAGUAUGGAGUAAUGACGAAGGUGAAAGAAAAGUAAAAAGGGUGGAGUUUUGUAAAACCGAAUUACAUUUUGCUGCUGAAUCAGGCAAAGUAAAUAUAAUAGCUACAGAUGAAAAACCUCCACCUUCCAAUGAUUUUCGUAAAAGGAGAAGCGCGUUUGUGCCAAUUAAAGGUACAUUUGAAAAGCCUAUUACACUUUUUGGAGAAAGGGCUGAUUUUCUACAACCUAUAAAACCCGAUUUUUCGAUAUACAAUAAUAGUGAGAUCGGUGAAUUUGACGAAAAUGAGAAUACAGCAGCUACAAAAAGUAUUCUCAAAAACAAAAUUCCCAAACCCAAACCAUAUCUCUUAGGAGAGAACAUGGCACUUGGGAACACGGAGAAUCUUACAAAUGAAGAUAGAAUAAGUAAUAAUGUAAGUGUUCCCACGGGUGUUCUGUUAAUAAAUAAACAGUUGCAAACAGAAAAUAUAUAUAAUAAUAAGACAACCACAGGUUUUUCUCGUGAAGUUAAUUCGAGCUAUGCAAGUAAUUCUUUUAGAACUACAAAUAAAGGUUCAACAAGAUACAAUAGCUCUGCCAUUACAAAAAAUACUCCAGAAUAUGAGACAAGUGAACCUGUACAUAAAAGAGAAUCAAUUGAUAGCAGUUCAAGUGGUUUAAUGAAAAAUAAAUUACACGUGUUGCAAAUGUCGCCUAUUCAAAGAGCUAAAACAAGAGAACUUCGAGACAGUGAUCUCACAUACUUUGGUAUUGAAGAUAAGGAUAAAAAUAAAAGCAAAUCAAAAUGUACAGAAAGUCCAUUGAGCAAUCAAAUUGAUGAAAUUAACGAUAUAUUCAAAUCCGUUAAAUUAAUAAAACAAAUCUCGAGUAGUGCAUGUAAUAGCGAAGCUGAGUCCGAUGAUAUGGUCGAAUACCAAAAUAUCCCCUUUAAAACAAACUUUGCUCCUAUUCCUACCCCAAGACCACGAUCAAAAUACGAUAAAUCUAAAGAAAUUGAAACUACGACAGUUCUACAGCCCAUAAUAGAAAAGUCUGAUGCUUCAAUUGUGCAUGAAUACUGUCGGUCAAAAAUCAGAAAACAGGUGGAAUUAACCACUGCAAAAAAUAGAAGCCGUUCAGAACCAGCGAAAUCUCAAAAACAAGAAACGUUACAAAGAAAUAAACAAGAUCAUUACUCACAUAACACAAGGAAAGAUUCUCCACCACCAAGGUUGAAAAAGAAUAAAGGAAUUGAACAAAAGGGAAAUGAGCCACUGAUGAAAAAAGCUACGUAUAAAAACAGUACUUCAGAAGACGAAAUACCCCAUUACGUUAACAUAAAAGUGAAAGGUGAGUCAAAUAAGAUCAUACAAAAUGCAGAACUACGGCAAGAUAAACUGGAACGUCGACAUGUGACAUCAAAAACAAAUAUUACAGAUAGAAAUCAACAGAAAUCAGGUGAUUUAAAUUUAGAUACAAGUUGUCAAAAUAAUGACAUAUCAAUGUCAAAUAUAUCGAAUCGAUCUGAAACCGAAAAUCAAAGUUUACGCAGAAAACAAGAAAUGUUAUCUACCAAGAAAGAUCAGCCACGGCGAACAAAAAAGCUUGUCACACCUGAACAUUCAGUUAAUUAUCAAAAAGAUAAUCACUGCGAAAACAGUAAUAACAACCACUCUAACAAAAUAUUAAGAGAAAACGAAUACAAAAGUGAGUCUACCGAGUUAAAGAAAAUGGGGCAACUGAAUCGAAGCCGAAAAUCUCAGCAUCAAACAAAUAACCCUGAGAAGACACAUAAAGUAAUAAACGCUAAAGUUAUAAGCGAGGAAACAAAAAAAGAUACCAUAAAAUAUCGACCCAGACAACCAUCACAAGAUAAAAACAAUAAAGAAUUAUCUAAAGUAAAUUACAAAUCUGAAGGAGCUUCAUCCAACGAGUAUAACGCAAAACUAAUAAAUAAUACUGAAGGAAAUAGCCCCGACAAAAUUAUUAAUUCUAAAAAAAGCAAUUAUAAAACACCCAAACGUAGCGAAUACGUUAUUAAUUAUGACGAUAAAAAAGGAACUGUCUCUUCAAUUUGUAAAGUAAAAUCAGGGCAUAGCUCAUCUAAAAAAAAGUCAGUUUCAAAUGAAAAACACAAGGAAAUUACGAAAGAACAUAAGACAAAAAGUAAAACUUUAGACAAAACUCCCCUGCUGCAGCUUCCAGAUCGACAAUGGAAUCAAAACGGACUGAAUCAUGACAAUAGGAAAUGGAAGAAAAAAUCACAUAUACAAAGAUCUUGCCAACUAUUGUAAUAAUAAGGUUACUAGUCUUAUUUAUGAAUUAUCAAUCUUUGUAUUCAUUACAAUCCUUGUCACUGUGUACAAUGCAUUGUAUAUGUUUAGUGUGGAUAGUUAACAAUGAUCUCACAUUGAAUUAUUUUAUAAAAGCCAAACAUUAUAAAUAUACAUUGUUCUUAAUAGUGUAACAUUCUCUAUAUUUAUACGUACCUAACUCAAAUAAUAAAAGAACAAUAAAACUAUUCUUAUAAUUUUA